AUGAGAAUUGCGCAGCAGAAUGAAACUGGUUCUGUUCGUGGUCUGGGAUUUUAUGGCAGACGAUGAAAGCUGUCUAGGGUAGGCACGGGCAACAUGCCCCUAAUCGUGGGCCUCCGGUCCGGUCCAUCAUGAUUAAAUCAGUAGACUCGAGUGGAACGUUGACAGACGCUGGUGACCUCACCACUGACCGACGACCGGACCAGUCCAGUCUCUGACCUAGCUCGCCUCAGACCUGAAUCGCGACCUACUUGUACAACGACCACCUACCCAACUGAGCACCAAAGCGGAUCCAGCAAAUGGUAUACCGCAUGUACCUAUGGACUUAACUUACAUGUCCUCUGUCCCAGCCCCCAGACAGUCUCAUUAGACUACCGCGUGCCACGGACGGACAGAGAGAGGUGCAUAUGCACCUUGUUGGUGAGAUCUUCUGUUCAUCGACGACAUAACCACAUUCCCUCUCUGCCCGGCACGUGCAGAUGGGACGCAUCCUGCCCGCGACUGUCCUCGCGGCCAUCUCGCCAUAUAUUUGGUCGUUAAUAUUGGCAAUCUCCACUGCCCUGGCCCUGGCAUUCAUCAUGUCAAAAUCAUCCAAGCAUGGGCGCUCGGACGCUCAAGAGCGGCCCUUUGUGCCAACGACGGUGACCACCUCCCCAGAUCAUUAUGGCCGCCUGAACCCAGAGAACGAGGCCAAUCUUGACAUGGUCCGCGGUGUCACAGGCGAGGCCUUUAUACGGGAUGGUCACCCCCAUAAAAGACAUCACCCUUCGCCUGAUGCACGACCCAACAGCGCCGCGAGGAUGGCGUCGGAUGCGGCAGAGUCCAGCGAACGUGCAUGCCACAUCUUCAAACUCCCGCCCGAGCUCAUCGAUGCUGUCCUCAAAUUCCUGCCGCCGCGCGAUCUCGUAGCAGCGGCGCGUACGUGCUCGACUCUCCAGGCCUAUGCGCUCUCAGACCUGCACUGGCAGCCCAUCGUACAGGACAACGUGCCCGGUGUCAAGGUCGCAACACCAUACCCGUGCGACAGCUUCCACAAACUCUACGUGGCGCACGAGCUGUUUUGGUUUCUGCCAAGGCACAAAAUCUGGUUCAGCAACCGGGAGAUGACCGGCAGACUCAUGCUCACGCGCUACGACCCGAGGAGAGGCUGCAUCGAGGGUCUACAACUCUUGGCCAUCAGCCGCCAUACGACAUAUCAGCCAUACGCUGCGGACCCCCACGUUGUCGUUCAUCGCUUCACGCCCAUUGUCAGCUUACACCUCGACCGCCCGAUCCUGCAGUUCAAGGUUGGCGACCGCGACAGUGAUGUUGCCUGUGAAUUCUCGCAGCGAGAGGGGGCCAACCGGUACGCCGACGAGGUGCCCAUGGUCAUGGACGAGCGACAGCACAACGUCUACAGUAACUUUAGCCUCACCAAGUCGCUGGACCGCGACAGCUGGGCAGGCAAACCAGAGCGGCUCCUCCGCAUAGCCACCUGGCCGCCGCCCAACAUCCCUUCCCAGGACCUCACAUCUACAAGCCGAGCUAGAUCGCGGCCACAGUCCCGGGCCGAGGUCUCAGAGCGUACAUUCAUGAUCAGACGAUGGAUUCAGAUGCUAGGAGGCUUUGGGGGUCACAAUGCGCCCCCAGCCCUGCGGGAUGGGCCCUGGUCCUCGUUCGCCAUGGCGACCGGCGGGCAGAUUGGCGAAGAGCUGCUGACCUAUUCGACGCUGGACCCGGAGCUAUACACGCCGACUCCGGAAAGACCCUUCCGGGGGAUCUGGGUCGGCGACUACUCGGGCCACGGAUGCGAGUUCCUCCUGUUCAACCAGCCAGACCAACCCCCCGCGACGGACCAAGAACUGCAGCUGGUGCGUGGCGCCCGCGAGUCCGACAGCGACUGGGAGCAGAGGCGCGCGUCGGCACGGUCUCUGCGCGGUCGCCUCGAGGCGAUCAAGCUCACAGGCGACCCCAACGUGCCGAGGGGGGAGUACACCUUUGUCGCGGAGGAACUUGGACCUGGGGGCUACCUGAGGACGGCCGUGGAGGAGCCAUUUGCUGGGGCGCGUGUGGUCGAGAGCAAAGGUCACGUCGCCGGCACGGGCUUUGUGGGGGACAAGUACCUAGACACGGAGCUCUUCAUCAUCUCACAAAAUGUGGUGGCGCAGUACUGGAAGGAAUUUGGACACAUCAGCUUCUUCGAGCGUGUGAACAUUGACGAGUACCUGGACCCGACGGCUUGAACAAGAAUAUAUACCAAUUAUAAGCACUGAGGAAUCACAACUUGACAUGUGAACGAGGA